AUGGCGGUUGACCGUCGUCGUGGUUCACUCCCGGCAGUGUUCACAAGGAAAUCUCCGCUUAUUCAGUUGCGGCCGGUCCUUUUGAGCACCAGUGGCUCGGUGUCGUCUCCCUACCGGGGCAGGACGAGUAGUGGUCCGCUUUUCGGUGUGUUUCGGCACCUAAAGCGAGCAUGCCAGCAUCAAGCACAAGUGACAGGAAAUAGGCAAUCCGGAGGAUUAUAUAUAACAAACGCCUAUGGAUCCAUUCCCCACAAGCUCGUUGAGACAGCACUGACAAGACAUCAUGUGCCAGUGACCAUCACCAACCUCAUCCUGGACUAUUAUAACAACUUCCAGCUGAGGGUAACAUCGGGAUCAUUAACAUCUGCCUGGCAACGCCUGGAGAAGGGUAUUAUAACCGGCUGCACUAUUUCAGUGCCACUCUUCUCCCUGGCUAUGAACAUGAUUGUGAAGUCAGCUGAGGUGGAGUGUAGAGGCCCCUUGUUGAGAUCUGGUACUCGGCAGCCUCCCAUAAGAGCAUUUAUGGACGACCUCACAGUGAUGGCAACCUCUGUUCCCGGCUGCAGAUGGCUUCUCCAGGGGCUAGAGCGGCUCAUCUCUUGGGCGAGGAUGAGUUUCAAGCCCACCAAGUCCAGGUCUCUGGUCCUGAAGAAAGGCAGGGUGGCCGACCGGUUCCGCUUUACCAUAGGAGGGACACCAAUUCCAACGAUGACGGAAAAACCUGUCAAGAGCCUGGGCAAGGUCUUCAGCUGCUCCUUGAGGGACUCAGACACACUCCAGCAAACCAAGGCUGAGCUGACAUCAUGGCUCACAGCAAUAGACAAGUCGGGGCUACCAGGGAAAUUCAAAACCUGGAUCUACCAACACGGAGUCUUGCCAAGACUCCUUUGGCCCCUGCUUGUCUAUGAGGUGCCCAUGUCAAUGGUGGAGACACUGGAACGGACCAUCAGUCAGUUUCUCCGGAGGUGGCUUGGGCUCCCCCGAUCCCUCAGCAGCAUCGCUCUGUAUGGCCAUUCCACUAUACUGCAACUUCCAAUCAGCGGCCUGGUGGAGGAGUUUAAGGUCACACGUGCCAGGGAGCUGAUGAUGUACUGGGACUCCUCCGACAAGAAAGUCGCCACAGCAGGGAUCCUGGUGAAAACUGGGAGAAAGUGGAAGGCACAGGAAGCCAUUGACAGAGCAGAGGCACGACUGCAGCACAACAUCUUGGUGGGCAACACGGCAGUGGGCCGGGCGGGACUUGGCAGCUUCCCCAAGCCCUGCUACGACAAAGCCAGAGGAAGGGAGAAACGUCAAAUGGUACAGGAUGUGAUCAGAGCGGAGGUGGAGGAAGAUCGGCGGGUCAAGAUGGUGGCUAUGUACCAACAAGGCACCUGGACAAGGUGGGAGCACGCCGAACAGCGGAAAAUCACCUGGCCAGAGCUCUGGAGACUCGAACCCCAGCACAUGAAGUUCCUCAUCCAAUCAGUAUAUGACGUUCUCCCUAGCCCAACCAAUCUGCUGCGAUGGGGCUUGGCAUGCCAGCUGUGCCAGAAGAGAGCCACCCUAGAGCACAUCCUCAGUUGCUGCCCGAAGGCCUUGGGGGAAGGGCGGUACCGCUGGCGUCACGACCAGGUCCUCAGGGCUCUGGCAGACACGCUCAGCACAGCACUUACCAACUGCAAAUACCAGCACACCCCCAAGCAGUCCAUCACUUUCGUCAGAGCUGUGGAGAAGGCACAACAUCAGCCAAGUUCCUCUGGGGGGCUCCUCACCACUGCACGAGACUGGAAACUCCAUGUCGACCUGGGAAGACAGCUCAAGUUCCCAGAGAACAUUUUGGCAACUUUACUUCGGCCAGACAUGGUGUUAACAUCAGAGUCAACAAAGCAAGUGGUCCUGGUUGAGCUUACUGUCCCCUGGGAAGACAGAAUGGAGGAGGCCAACGAACGCAAGAGGGCCAAAUAUGCUGAGCUGGUACAGUGCCGGAGCAAUGGCUGGAAAGCCCGCUGCGAACCAGUCGAGGUGGGGUGCCGGGGUUUUGCUGGCCAGUCACUACCCCGAACCCUAAAACUCCUUGGAGUAAAAGGUCAGCUGUGCAGAAGAGCCAUCAAGAGCAUCAUAGAGGCUGCGGAAAAAGCCUCAAGGUGGCUAUGGAUCCGGAGGGGAGAUCCGUGGAGUAGUGGGCCACUUGGACACAAGCCGGGGACUGAUCACCCCCGGCUGGGUUGCCCGAGCGACGGUGUUUGA